ACGCCUCUCCUCACUUGGUACAAGCUUGCUGCCUGAGAGGGACAGAGAAAGACAAGCAUGAUGAAGAUCUUUCUUUCUUUAGUGGUUGUUUGCGCGUUCGUGAACUCGGUGUUUGCUGCCGACUGCUGCAGCUUACAGUUUUCAAAGAGCCAAAAAGCAUUUUUGAGACGAAUGCUACAAGAGGAAGCGAAGCAGCUACAGAAAGGAAUGAUGCAAGGAAUGGGAAAACCACAAGGCAAAUGGGUCCCUCUCUCCGCCAACCCCGUCUGUUUCAGCGCUACAGGUCGACAAUUCGGCGCCUUUAACGCCCCAAUGGAAGGCUUUAUCGCCGCAAUCAAGCUAUCGUAUGUCAGCGGUCACAUCACCUGCGAUACCCAGGAAUCACAAACGUACAACAGUAAAUGGGGUUGCGCUGUCACUCAUCCGAGCCGAGCCAAUGACGGCAGGGACCUUAACACCGUGGUCACUAAGAGCAACAACAAGAUAGUGUUCCCCUGCCCUCAUGACUUCGAGGAAGGAGGAUCGCCCUCUCCCGCCAAAUGGUACAAGCUAGAUGGCUUUGAUUCCCAGUCACAGGCGUUAGUAUUCAGCAGGUUUGACAAGCCAGUGUUCGUUGCCGCUAGAGAGGAGCUUCGUUUGUGGUCAGGCGAAGAUUUAACCAACAUUGACUCGGUUAACAACUCGGGUCAGACCUGUGCUAUGGUGUUCGGCUGGUUCAUGUAAGAUAUUCCAACUGGGUCAGACCUGUGAAAGUGGUGAUAAUCAUCUUGGACAAUAGGCGGGGCAGCGAGCUUACUAUGAAAUGACUGUGAAUUAUUUUUUCCAAACGUUUGCAUCGAUAAUUGCAAAGAAUGAAUUCUUGGGACUUAAUAAAGUUUUGUUACACAAGUAAAUGGACUUAUCAAGAACCUCUUUUAUUAAAAAUUAAUAAGAAAACGCUUUUUCUGCGCGUUUACAGAAUUUGCUGAGGGGAGGGGAGGGGUGGCACAGUCAAAGAUAUUGAGAAAGGAUAGAAUUUCGAUUCAAAAGGAAAGGAAAUUUUGUGACAACAAAAAUAAGUGUACCAUAAUUAAAUGUUUCCCUUGA